CGUCUGAAGUCGCACCUUCCAUGCCACUUGCGCUUUCACAUCUCAAGGUCUCAGAACUCCAAGACGUUGUCUUCUCUUCCCGAGUCUUUCAACCUGCGAGGCACCUUAACACCCGGAACAUUGCAGUUUGUACGAAUAAGGUCCCCGAGGCACCCGACCCAGUUUGUUGCUUGUACUCCGUACAUGUAACUUAACCAUUCCCGUCUCCUAUCACCUGCCUCAAAGUUGAGCGUCCUUUGACUCUACGAGUCGCGAGCUGGUGGGACCCUAGCAUCUUGCACCUACGGAUACCUUACCCAACCUAGUUUUUGGAUCGUCCUACGACUGACAAGCACAGCCCUUGCUCUCCUUCACAGUUCUUGUUCUCGUCGCCUCCAAGGACUGAAUCCGUCGACAUGUCGCUCAUCAGUGUGCCAAAUUGGUGAUGAGUUGUUCCGGAAAGCGGAAUCCGGGACGUGGGUGCUGGUCCCUGUGUCGCGGCUUCAAGCUGCCCACUGGACUUCCCAUCGCCCUACUCUUAGAGAUGGGACGCCAUCUUCGCCAUGCCACGCCUUGAGGCGCCUUUCGGGUUUCCUCGGACAGAUGGCAGAUCGUGGACACCGGCCGCUUGGGUCCAUUGGGUUCGGAAGGCUGAAGCCUGCUCGCCUCACGUCCUUCAUGCUCUCGGGCAUCCUCUCCCGACCCCGAAGAGUUCAUUCCAACUUCUGCGUCCAACCAGGUCUCACUCUAGCCUUACUCAUACUGCCUCUUGCGUGGCUGCCACACUUGCCGUACCAAAUUAUUCCUUAGUACGACUAUGUUCAAACCCAACGGUGGCGGGUGCCGUGAGGUAUGUAGCAUGUGGCAUGUGGCACGCCAAUUCAGAUACCGGGGCCGACAACUAAGCCUCGACUCAACAUGCCGUUUCUGCAGAUGCAAACCAUCGAUAUGUGCUACGCUCAGAA